UACAAGUCUCUCUACGAGCCAUGCAUACAAGGAGGCCCGUUACAAUGGAGCUCCUCUCUGCUUUUCUCCACCUCCUUCUCAUCGCCGUUGCCAUUGCAGAACUGCCACACAAUGGCAUACACUGGACAUAUAGAGAGGGGGCCUUGGAUGAAGUCCACUGGCCGAUGAAGUAUCCCACAUGUGGUGGGAAGAAACAGUCACCUAUUGACAUCCAGCGGCGGAACGUCCGCCAUAAUCCUCUCGUGUUGCAGCUGGAGCUGAGUGGAUAUAAUGCCCAGAGAGGGAAUUUCCUCAUGUUCAACAAUGGGCACUCAGUCCAAAUUAACCUGCCUCCCACUAUGGUGAUCACCAAGGGGCUUCCUGGUCGUUACACUGCAGUCCAGAUGCACCUCCAUUGGGGUGGCUGGGACCUGGAGGCCAGUGGGGCAGAGCACACAUUAGACGGCAUCCGUUACAUGGCAGAGCUCCAUGUUGUCCAUUACAAUUCUGACAAGUACAAGAGCUUUAUUGAAGCCAGAGAUAAGCCCGAUGGGCUGGCAGUACUUGCCUUUUUCUAUGAGGACGGGCAUUUUGAAAACACCUAUUACAGUGAUUUCAUCUCCAACUUGGCCAGAGUCAAGUAUGCAGGUCAGGCAAUAAAUAUAUCCAACAUCAAUGUGCGCUCAAUGUUUCCUGAGAACCUCAACCAUUUCUUCAGAUAUCAGGGCUCCCUCACCACUCCUCCUUGCUAUGAGAGCAUCCUCUGGACUGUAUUCGAUACACCCAUCACUCUCUCCCAUAACCAGAUCAGGAAGUUGGAGAGUACCCUGAUGGACAUCAACAACAAGACCCUGUGGAAUGACUACCGGAUGGCCCAGCCACUCAAUGACCGCAUUGUGGAGUCUUCCUUUCUACCACGCCUUGUGAAAGGAACAUUUUGUCGGCAAGAUGAAAUUGAAUCCAAGCUCCUAACGAUAGAGAGUUUGAUAGCAUCUGUUGGAAAACACAUUAAUUCCGAUGGAAUUCAAGACUCUAGGGCCUCCGGAAAUGGAUCUCGAGCUUUGUCGAGCCUGGUUCUCAACUUCAUCUGCUGUGUUUAUUCAUUUUUUGUAUUUUCUUUUAAUGUUUGAAGCGCUUUUGCUCAUGUGAGAAAAGUGUUGUGAAAAUAAAGUUAAAGUUAAAAUGGUAUCAUUACCAAAAUGUCAGCGCUAACAGUGGUCACAAAAAAUGUUAAUGAAGUUAUUGAUAACAAAUAUCUUUGACACAGCAGUACGUCUUUAAGUCUGUAAGUAUUUAAUGCACAACAACAAAUCAACACUAUCCAUCACAGCAUCAGGCCUGUAUUUCAUUCAUAGCUUUGUGUCAUCAAUAAAUAGCUAUCAGCGUUGUGUUGGUUCAGUUAUUGACUUGAGGUCUUAACCCACACGUGUUUAAGGUUUACUUACUUACUCUAGUGGCGUUAAGUGUACAUUGUUAGUCUAUACACAGAUGUGCAUAAGGCUAUAUACAAUCUUUGUCAACAAAAUAGUAAAAAAAAAGAGUUGGAGAAAUGAUUUGAUGCAAUAAAUAGAAUCUAAAUUACAACAUAUCCGUUCUGUUACUCAGCAACACCCUCCAAAAGGGGAAGCUUCUGCUCCUCUGAAUGCUCUCAU